CGCCGUAUAAAUAGAGGCAGUGAGCGGCAAGGAGCUCCUGGCAGCCACCAUGAAGCGCCUCAACCUGCUCUGCUGCUGCGUGGCCUCGCUCCUGCUCCUCGGCACUGCAGAAGAGGCUGAAGAUAACAGCAAGGUGAUCAAGCGUGACCGGUCCCACCUGGAGAGCACCCUCAAGCUGAACGAGGACAAACCUGCAGAUGAUUUCUCAGGAGUACUGCAGCGACUGAGGAAGAUCUACCACUCCUCUAUCAAGCCUCUGGAGCAGUCCUACAGAUACAACGAGCUGAGGCAGCAUGAGAUCACAGAUGGGGAGAUCACUUCCAAGCCAAUGGUGCUAUUCCUGGGACCGUGGAGCGUUGGCAAAUCCUCUAUGAUAAACUACCUCCUCGGGCUGGACAAUACUCCCUACCAGCUCUACACAGGGGCAGAACCCACCACCUCUGAAUUCACUGUCAUCAUGCAUGGCCCCAAGCUGAAGACCAUUGAGGGCAUCGUGAUGGCUGCCGACAGUGCCCGUUCCUUCUCACCCCUGGAGAAGUUUGGGCAGAACUUCUUGGAGAAGCUGAUAGGGAUUGAGGUGCCCCACAAGCUGCUGGAGCGAGUCACCUUCGUGGACACACCAGGCAUCAUUGAAAACCGCAAGCAGCAAGAACGAGGUUACCCAUUCAACGACGUGUGCCAGUGGUUCAUUGACAGAGCUGAUCUCAUCUUCAUUGUCUUUGACCCUACGAAGCUUGAUGUGGGCUUGGAGCUGGAGAUGCUCUUUCGCCAGCUGAAGGGCCGUGAAUCUCAGAUUCGAAUCAUCCUGAACAAAGCUGACAGCCUGGCUACUCAGGAGCUCAUGAGAGUCUACGGUGCCCUAUUCUGGAGCCUGGCUCCUCUCAUCAACGUCACGGAGCCGCCCAGGGUGUACGUGAGCUCCUUCUGGCCCCAGGACUACCAUCCGGAUACCCACAGAGACCUGUUCCUCAAAGAAGAGAUAUCGCUCCUGGAAGAUCUCAACCAGGUGAUUGAGAACAGGAUGGAAAAUAAGAUCGCCUUCAUACGCCAGCACGCCAUCCGGGUGCGCAUCCACGCCCUUUUGGUCGAUCGCUAUCUACAGACCUACAAGGACAAAAUGACCUUCUUUAGUGAUGGAGAACUGGUGUUCAGGGACAUUGUGGAAGAUCCUGACAAGUUUUUUAUCUUUAAAUCCAUUCUGGCAAAGACCAAUGUCAGCAAAUUUGACCUCCCCAACCGUGAGGCUUACAAGGACUUCUUUGGCAUCAACCCCAUCACCAGUUUUAAGCUGCUGUCUCAGCAGUGUUCCUACAUGGGAGGGUGUUUCCUAGAGAAGAUCGAGAAGGCCAUCACUCGUGAGCUUCCCGAUCUCUUGGGAAGCAUUGGCUUGGGAAAGAAGCCCAAUGUUCUCUCCUGUGACGUCACUGGCUGUGGCGAAACUCCAAAGAAUCGCUACAGGAAGCCCUAAGGUGUUUCUGUGAUCUAACCAUCCACGUGUUCCUACCGGUGAAUGAGCUUAUGUCUUAUCUGUCCAAGAAGCCGUGGUUUGUUAACCCUUUGAGUGCCGCACUGGCAAAGGCUGCUGUACGAUGAGGAUGUUGAGUCAUCGACAUCGAUGGCAGGGGGAAGAUGGGUGGGCAUAAGAAAGAGAAUAAAAAC